AUGGACUACGUAUCGCGAGAGUCUUUUGACCAACUCAUCAUCCAAGGUGCUUUCCGGCCGCUUGAUCUCGACACGCUAUUCGACAAGGCGCCGCCCACAAAAUUCGGCAUCAAGGACAAGCGAGCACUUGCUCUUAAACUAGGCUUUUGCCUUAUGGACUUUUUCGACGCCGACCUUGCCUCCAAAAGUAUCUACUUCACAUACUUCUCGGAACUAGGUCUCGACAAGGAGUCCCCGUACCUGGCUUUUAAUAGCUUAAAGCAUUCGGCGACAGCCGACCUAUACCGCUUCAAACUCGGCCACCCUACAUUUUUGUCCUUUGCCAAGUUGUUGCUAGAAUUGGAGUUUGGCCAAAGCAUCGACCUACACGACUUCGAGGUAGCCAUCAUAUGUGCCUUGCCUCUCGAGUACGACGCUGUUUCCUACCUCUUCGACGAGUUCUGGGACGAACAGGGCGAUCAGUACGGAAAGGUCAAAAAAGACCCAAACAUCUACACAACUGGCCGCAUGGGCAACUGUAGCGUCGUCCUGGCUCUGUUGCCUCAGAUGGGCAAGACAGGCGCCGCCAGUGUCGCCACCAGUAUGCGCUCGAGCUAUAGCAACGUGAAGCUUGCUCUUCUUGUCGGAAUCUGUGGUGCUGCGCCGCGCAGCCAAGAUCGCGAGAUCCUGCUCGGCGAUGUCGUCAUCAAUAAGACCAUCGUCCAGUAUGAUUUUGGCCGGAAGUAUCCAGACAAGUUUAUCGGCAAAGACACUAUUGGGAAUAACCUCGGGCGGCCCAAUAAGGUUAUCCGCAGUCUCCUCGCUAUGCUCGAGACUGAACCUGCCCAGAAGCGGCGUCAUAGCAAGUAUGACUAUCCCGGCACGGUCAAAGACAAACUAUUCAAGUCGACUUAUCGGCAUAAACAUAAUACGUCACGGAGUUGUGUGUGCUGUUGCGACGACGGAUACCUUAUGGCAAGAGACCGGCUCCGAGCUAGGGAGGAAGUGGAACACGACGGUGGCGUUGCCCUUCAGACGGUGGCGGUACACAUCGGUGCUGUCGGGUCGGGAGAUACAGUAAUAAAGUCGGCUACAGACCGCGACAGGAUCUCAAAGGAAGCGGGCGUGAUUGCGUUUGAGAUGGAGGGCGCUGGGGUAUGGGACGAAUUACCUUCCGUUGUCAUCAAGGGAGUGUGCGACUAUGCCGACAGUCAUAAGCAUAAGGGCUGGCAGGACUUUGCAGCAGCGAUGGCGGCUUCGGCGUCAAAGGCGAUCCUGGAGCGCUAUAUGCGAACUGACCAGGCAGCGUAA